GGGCGGCCUGGGGGAGGCUGGCUUGGACCUCGGCCUUGCAGACCUGCGAGCGCCCCCAGGAUCUCCGCUGCGCGGUUAGUUCUCUGUCUGGCGUCCUCUGGAGCUGGCGGGUCCGGCACCUUCAGAUAAGAUUUGCUGAUGAUCCAUGUCUUCAAGAAUGCAAGUAACGAUGUAGGAAGAGGAAAGAUCACCACUGGGCCACUUAUAUAUGUAAACUGCCUACACGUGUCCUUCAAAAUUCUAGAAGAAAGUGUUCCAGUGUAUUUCACCACCAUCCUUUCAGGAUGGAAGCCAUCAGUGUGUCUCAUGGUUCAUUUUCUAGGGACCCAUGCUACUUUUAUAAUGAAAGGACAGAGAUGGACAGGAUGGUGUCUGACUGCCUGACAAGUAGUUACCAGGAGUCAGUGACCUUUGAGGAUGUGGCUAUAGACUUCACCCAGGAGGAGUGGACUUUAUUGGACACAAAACAAAGGAACCUUUACAGAGAGGUGAUGCUGGAGAACUACCAGAACCUGGCCACAGUAGAAUGGGCUAUGCGACUUAACACCAGAGGGACAAUGUUUCAGCAGGAUAUUUUUCAGUUAAAAAUAUCAAAUGAGAUACAACUGUCAAAUAGCCACAAUGGAAAGGAGCUGUAUGACUUUAAGCCACGUGAAGACAACUUCAAAGAACCUUCAUGUAGUCUGACACACAAAGGUAUUCAAAACAGAGGAAACAUUUAUGAUUGUGUUCAGUAUGGACAAGCCAUUCCUACUCGGCCUGAGGAAACCUCUUCUGCAGACAAAGGUCCUGAAUUAAGCCAGUAUGAAAAAGACAUCAGUGUGGCUGCAAGUGCUGCUUAUCAGACAACAUGUGUACAAGCCAAAUUCCUCAAAUCUGGUGAAUUUCAGCAAGCCUUGGAUAGUCAGUCAUACCCUCAGGCAUCUGGGAGAACUCACAGUGAAGACAAACUCUUUAAAUGGGUACAGUGUGGUGAUGCUUUUAACCCAGCUAUGGGUCAAACAUGCACUGGAAAAAAAUCCUAUGAAUGUAAUGAAUGUGGGAAAAGUUUUAAAUAUUCUGCCAACCUUAAUAUUCAUAUGCGUACCCACACUGGGGAGAAACCUUAUCAAUGUAAGGAAUGUGGGAAAGCUUUUUCUAGGUGUUACCCACUAACUCAGCACUUAAAAACUCACACUGAAGAGAAGCCCUUUGAAUGUAAGGUUUGUGGAAAAUGCUUUAGAAAUUCCUCAUGCCUUAAUGAUCACUUUCGAGUUCACACUGGAAUAAAGCCCUAUAAAUGUAAGGACUGUGGCAAAGCCUUCACAGGGCGCUCUGGCCUUAGUAAACAUUUACCAACACAUACUGGAGAGAAGCCUUAUAAAUGUAAGGAAUGUAGGAAAGCCUUCACUUCAACCUCAGGCCUUAUAAAACAUAUGAAAAGUCACAUGGGGGAGAGACCCUUUGAAUGUGAUCAUUGUGGAAAAGCUUUUGCUUCUUCCUCAACUCUUAUUACACAUUUGAGAACACACACUGGAGAGAAGCCCUUUGAGUGUAAAGUAUGUGGGAAAGAAUUUACAUGUUCCUCCUACCUUCGCAUUCACAUGAGGACUCACACUGGAGAGAAGCCCUAUGUAUGUAAGGAAUGUGGCAGAGCCUUCACUAAGCGCACAAGUCUUACUAAACAUUUACGAACACACACUGGAGAAAAUCCCUUUGAAUGCAGUGUGUGUGGAAAAGCAUUUGCAUGUUCUUCCUACCUUCAUAAUCACAUACGGACUCACACUGGAGAGAAACCUUAUAUAUGUAAGGAAUGUGGAAAAGCCUUUACUGUUUCUUCACAUCUAAGUAAACAUGUAAGAAUUCACACAGGAGAGAAACCCCAUAAGUGUGAGGAAUGUGGGAAAGCAUUCACUGUGCGUUCUGGUCUUACAAAACAUAUACGAACUCACACUGGGAAGAAGCCCUAUACUUGUAAAGAAUGUGGGAAAGCCUUUACUACAUCUUCAGGCCUCCUUGAACAUAUAAGAAGUCACACAGGAGAGAAACCAUAUGAAUGUGACCAGUGUGGAAAGGCCUUUGCUUCUUCUUCAUAUCUUAUUGCACAUCUGAGAAUUCAUACUGGAGAAAAACCCUUUGAGUGUAACGUGUGUGGGAAGGCAUUUACAUGUUCCUCCUACCUCCACAUUCACAUGCGAACUCACACUGGAGAGAAGCCCUAUGAAUGUAAGGAGUGUGGGAAAGCUUUUGCUGUUUACUCACAUCUAAGUAAACAUGUAAGAAUUCACAGUGGGGAGAAAGCCUAUAAAUGUAAAAGUUAUGGAAUACCUUUCAGUAGUUCUCAUCUUUCAGGACACAUAAAAACCCUUGAGAUAAAUUCUUUGGUUGGAAGGAAUGAAGAGACUGCUUUAGGAAGUUCUAUUGCUUUAACAAUGAAUCCAAAUUCACAGUGGCAAGAAAGCUUAUCAGUGUAAGCCAUUUGUAAAGUGAUUAUUUAUGUACUAGUUGGCUUUAAAGAUGUGAAAGAACUCAUGUUGCAAAGAUGCUUCAUGAACUUAAAGAGUAUGGGAGGUCAUCAGAAUGUUCAAAAUCAAGUUCACAUGAACCCACUUUGAAGCUGCACAGUGUCAGGAAUUGGAAAGCCUUCACUGUUUCAUGGGCUUUUUAGAAGUAUGUGAGAGAAACUAUUGAUACACAAUGUGGAAAAUUGUAUUUUUGCUCAGUGCUUUGAUUACCUACAGUGGAGGAUUUUGUGAAAUUAAGAAAUGUUGGAAAGUAAUUAUUUACAUUAGUCAUCAACAUUCAAUAAACAUGAA